CCCACAGGACGAUAAUGGUACGAUCGGCUGCACUGUCAAAUUUCAAGGGCAGUUGCAUGUGUGUCGGUGUCUGUCCCGUCUAACCUGCAAGUAAUACUUUCAGCAUGCUGUGCAGAGUUGGCCAAAUGCGCAGGUGUGCAGCCAGCCUCAGCCAAGCUAUAAACCAGGUAGCUGCAUCAAGACAGAAGCACACGCUCCCUGACCUGACCUAUGACUAUGGUGCCCUGGAGCCCCACAUCAAUGCAGAGAUAAUGCAGCUGCACCACAGCAAGCACCAUGCAACAUAUGUCAACAACCUCAAUGUUACAGAGGAGAAAUAUCAGGAGGCACUAGCAAAGGGAGAUGUGACCACACAGGUUGCCCUCCAGCCUGCUCUAAAGUUUAAUGGAGGAGGCCACAUUAACCACACUAUCUUCUGGACAAACCUCUCCCCAAAUGGUGGUGGCGAGCCACAGGGUGAGCUGAUGGAGGCCAUUAAGCUGGACUUUGGCUCCUUCCAGAAGAUGAAGGAGAAGAUGUCUGCUGCUACAGUGGCAGUGCAGGGAUCGGGCUGGGGCUGGCUAGGCUACGACAAGGAGAGUGGAAGACUCCGUAUCGCUGCUUGUGCUAACCAGGAUCCACUGCAUGGAACUACAGGUCUCAUCCCCCUCCUCGGUAUCGAUGUAUGGGAGCAUGCCUACUACCUUCAGUACAAAAAUGUGCGGCCGGACUAUGUUAAGGCUAUCUGGAAUGUCAUCAACUGGGAGAAUGUGAGCGAGCGUCUCCAGACAGCCAAAAAGUAGAACAUAAUCCUCAAAUAUUCCCUUUCACCCAGACCUGGACCUGGGUCAAAUAGUAGCUGCAAAUCAUUUUUCAUUUUACAUCGCUUGGAGUAUCUGAGUGGUGGCAUAUUCAGAUUUACAACAGUUUGGACUUUCAGAUGUUCAGCUGCAUCAACGUUAAGUUAACUUUAAAAUAUUUACACACACAAUAAAUAAAUAAAUAAAGUUCA